UCCAAGGUAUAUUCCACUCAAGGAUUUCAUUCAACAUGGUUGCUAAGAUCGCUUUCGCCGUUCUCGCCCUGGCCGCCGCCGUGUGCGCCGAGCCCGGUGCGCCCCUCGUGGCCGCCGCCCCCGCCUACGUGAAGGCCGUCGAGCUGCACGCCCGCCCCCACUACUCCUUCAACUACGGCGUCAACGACCCCCACACCGGCGACCACAAGAGCCAGUCUGAGACCCGCGACGGCGACUACGUCAAGGGCCAGUACUCUCUGCUCGAGGCCGACGGCACCACCCGCACCGUCGACUACACCGCCGACCCCCACCACGGAUUCAACGCCGUCGUCUCCAAGUCCGGACACGCCGUCCACCCCGCCCCCGUCAAGGCCUACGCCGCCCCCAUCGUCCACGCUGCCCCCGUCGUGCAUGCCGCCCCCGUCGUCGCCUACAAGGCCCCCGUCUACGGCCACGCCUACUCCUACGCUUCCGCCCACGUCGCCCCCAUCCGCGCCUACGCCCACGCUGCCCCCGUUGUUCACGCCGCCCCGGCCCUGGCCUACGCCCACGCCGCUCCCCUCGCUCACGGCUACGGCUACCACUACUAAUUCUGCUCUUUCAUUCAUCCUUUAGUGAAUGUCUGAAAGCACGAUCACCUUGAUCUCCUGCGAUGCUCAAUUUCGGGCAGGAUUUCAUCCCUCUCAUUGUCAUUUUGUAUGUAACUACCUCUUGUUACUGUGUAAUGAGAAUCGAAUAAAAAGCUGAAACAACAUGAAAAGAACCAAA